AUGAACGCAUACCGUCGUUUUGUUGGCCGGCGAGGACCGAUACGUCAAUUGAGGUCUGAUCGUGGAACGAACUUUGUUGGAUGCAGGACAGAGUUUCAUGAAAUGAACCAAGAGACUGUGAGGCAGAAACUAUUGAAGGAGAACUGUGACUUCAUCAAGUUUCAAAUAAAUGUCCCUCAUGCAAGUCAUAUGGGGGGCAGUUGGGAACGUCAGAUCCGAAGUGUGCGGAAUGUUUUGUCUGCCCUGCUGGAUGCACAUGGAGAACAACUGGACGAUGAAUCUUUGAGAACGUUUAUGGUAGAAGCUGAGGCGAUCAUUAACAGCCGUCCAUUAUCUUUGAACUUCGCCAGUGAACUUGAACCCCUUACACCGAACCACUUGUUGACAAUGAAGAGUAAUAUUAUCCUUCCCCCUCCCGGUGAAUUUCAGCGUGCGGAUGUCUAUUCAAAGAAACGAUGGCGUCGUGUACAGUAUUUGAUCAACGAAUUCUGGAGUCGUUGGAAGAAAGAGUUUCUUCAGUCCCUACAAACUCGUCAGAAAUGGAUACGACCCCAGAAAAACCUUAGGAAAGGGGAUAUUGUUGUCGUUAACGAUGAAGAUUUGCCUCGUAACCAAUGGAAACUCGCACGAGUCGUGGAAACAUUUCCUUCAGACGAUGCCCUGGUUAGAAAGGUUAAGUUGGCGAUGGCUGACUCCACGUUGGAUAGCAGAGGAAGAAGAAAGCGACCAAUCUCCUACCUCAAUCGACCGGUGCACAAGUUGGUUCUACUGCUGUCGAAUGAAGAGUUUGAAGACCAGGGAUUCCCCGACGAAGGAGCCAAAGACGACAACGAUAAGUAG